AAUAAUUUUUCUCCGAUCAUCGGAAAAAGCAGUAAUCGAGAUGCAGAAGCUCAACGACUUCUUCUCCUCCGGUGGCGGAGACGGCGAAGAAACAACCGAUAGUUUCCUGGAAGAAGGAUCGGAGGGUCUCUGUGCUCUCUCCGCUACCCAGAGAAUGUACGGAUUCGCCGCAUCUUUAGCCACUGGUUUGCUGCUUAUGUUCCUGUCUAUGAUUGUAUUUGGUAUCCCCAUCAAAUUUGCAUUGCUCUUCACAUUUGGAAAUGUUCUAGCUAUUGGAAGCACAGCUUUCCUCAUGGGACCUGAGCAACAGAUGAAUAUGAUGUUUGACCCUGUUCGUUUCUUAGCUACAUCCAUUUAUAUCGGAUGUGUCGUUGUUGCACUCAUUUGUGCUCUCCUGAUCCACAGCAAAAUUUUAACGGUCCUUGCGAUCCUAUGCGAGAUUUGUGCACUAAUAUGGUACAGCCUCAGUUAUAUUCCAUUCGCACGGAGAAUGGUCUCUGAAAUAAUGAUUCGUCUCUGCGACACCGAGCUAUAGUCAGUCAUCUGGCAGCAAGAUACAAAGCACAUAUAUUGUUUUAUACUGGUCUCAAGAACUUGAGAUCUGAUUUUUUCUUAAACGAAAUUUGUUUGUUUGUUGACCUGAUCGUGUGAGUCAGAAGUAAUACAAAAUGAGUUUGUUUUAUUGGGGUCGUGAAGCUCUUGUGUGUAUUUUGUUGCUUCAAGCUCUUUUGUUGUUUCAAUCUUUAAACGUUGUUUGGCAAUUUGUGUGAUCAAAUACAAAGAUUUCUUUUAU